AUGAAUGAACUAAAAACUCAAAAUUAUUUACAAAUCUCUAAAAAGGAUCCCCAGCUGGUUUCUGAUUUAAAGACUACUCCCAAAACUGCAUAUUCCUCUUCAGAAUCAUUAACGGUACAUUCUCGGUCUUCUACUCUAACAUCAGAGUCUAAUCCUUCACACAUGGAAAUAACCUUAUCAGAACAAAGCUUAAAAAAGAAAAAUUCAACUCUUGAAGAGCUCGAAUCUAAAAUAUUUAAGCUCUCUGAAAUUGUUUCUUCGAAAGAAAAAUUACUAAAAACUAAUUCACCAAUUCUAAAUUGCAUAUUAUUUUUGCUUCUAAAUAUUUUAUUAUGUGUUGGAAUAAUUUUAGCAGUUUCCACACAUUGGGGCAUUUUCCCACGUGUGGAAUCCAAAUAACAUAUGAGAGUUUCCACACCUGAGUGUCUCCACAUGUGGAAUUUGGGUUCCCGCAUGGGAAAAUGUCCCCGACGUGUGGAAACCCUCCCAAAAUUAUGCCAACUCAUAAUAAAAUUUAUUUGGUUCUCUUAGCUAAUUUGAAAUCUUUAAUAGAUAUAAUAUUUACUAUUCUUUUCAUAUGUAUUUAUAAGAAAAAAUUUAUAUAUUUAAUUUUUUUUUAAAUAGUUUUCAAUCAUAUUCCAAUUGAUAAUGACUACAUAGGUUUGUAUUAAAUGAGUGGGUAAGAGAGAAGCUCUCAAAAAGAAAUUCGAGAAGAAUCAAAGAUUGAAAUCCUUAAUAAGAAUUACUACAGAUUCAAUAGAAAAUGAAAAAAUCAAUACAAAAAGUUUAGGGAAAGAGCUAGUCUCCGAAAUGAAAGCCAAGAAUAAAUUCGAAUGAAAUGAAAAUGAAAUGAGAAACUCUUUUUUAAUUCAAAUUUCAAAUUUAGAAAAAUACAAAGCGGAAUUAAAUGAUAAAAUCAUUGAAAUGCAAGAUUAUAUUAGGCUAUUAAAGUCAGGCGUUAGCCAUAUUAAUGACGCAGCCCACCAAGACCUCCUGCACGGGAUGCUCAACCGUUUUUAGACUCCAGUCCAAAGGGGAUGCCACUUCCGGUACCUUCUGUCCCCUCCUUGCCUUGUGGCUUCAGUCUUGAGUGCUUAUGGAUUUCUAUUGUACCUACUACGGGCGAUUGGAGUCUGUCGGGUGCCGAAUUGCCUUCCUGUGACAGCUACAGGAAAAAGAUUACUUCCCUGUGGCCUGGACUGAAAGCCCCAGCUUCUCGGUAGAGGAAUGCUCAUGGGUCCUCGGAUCCAAAGGACGUUGUUGGGCACCUCCAUUUCCAAUCGCAGGAAAGCAGUCAAAACCUACCCAGAUGCACACCUCUUGAGCCUGCACUUGAUUCUUGGCUCGGAGUCCAUCCCAGCUCGCUGUGGCAAUAAGGUCUGGACUGUUCAAAAUGGCAGGUUCACAUGUGUCGCGAUUUUAAUGUAUAUAUCGAAAUGCAAGGUAGUGUUAAUAAUUUAAUUGGUGAAAUUGAUGACAGAAAGAAAGAAAGAAAUUUUGUAUCCAUUAUAAAGAUGAAUAAGUUCUAAGUCAAAUUGAUAUAUGCUAAUUUAUAUAAAUGGCAUACAGAUGCAGUUUCAAAAGCUGUUAGAUUUAAGUGAAUGUAUUAAGAUCAGUUUUGAGGUUGAGCAAAAAAACUCUGAAAACGUAUAUUUAUCAGCCAAGCAAAAAGAAAUUCAAUCGGAUCUAGAAAAUCUGCAAGCAAAAAUAUCUGCUUCAAAAAGCAUGCUUUCUCAAGAAAAAACCAAAUUAAAAUCAAUUUAUGAGAGAAACAAAUUGAAAAUUCACAAAAUAACUGAUUUGCAAGCUAAUUUAACUAAGCUAGAGUCCAUAAAUAAUUCAAAAAAAGAAGCAUUAGCUUGCAAAGAAAUCAGCUUUAUAAAGAAAGCUCAUGACUUUGAAAUUUUAGAAGGAAUUCGAAAUGUAAGAGUAGAAACAAUAGCAAUUGAAGAGCAGUCUAUUGAUAAAAUGAUAGAAGAUCUUCAAAGCAAAAUCAACCAAAAAACAAUUGAAAAGAACAUUGAUCCCCAGGCAGAUUUAUUAAAAAUUUCCCAAAGGAAAUUUAUAACAAAAAAGCUUUCAGAAUUAAAAGAAAAAGAAGAGAAAAUUUCAAGACUUGAGAAAAAAUGCAAAGAAAUACUGUAA